GCGCUCCCCACCUUGCUGCGCCGUCGCGAGUCGAGCACAUUCUCCUCGUACAGCAUCCAGAGCCGCGCGGCGUCCCCGACGGAGCGGACAUGGGCAGAGCGAUGGUGGCCAGGCUGGGGCUGGGCUUGCUGCUUCUGGCUCUGCUCCUACCCACGCAGAUUUAUUCCAACCAAACAGCUGUUGUACCAGUUUCAAGUAACUCCUCCCAGCAUACCUCUGCUGCCCCGAGUCCAACUAAUGCCACCAGCAGAGGAAAUUACAAUGCCCUGCAAUCAGCAGCUGGUCUCCUUGCCAUCUCGCUCUCUCUUCUCCAACUCUACUGUUAGAGAGACUCAGGCCAAGAAACGUCUCUACUUCCCCAUCUUCUAACCCCAACCCGAAUGGCAACUGCAAGUCCAACGUGGCAAGGAAGAAACAGGUCUGCAUCACACCGACUGAUUCCACACCGUAGUGCAUUCUGCAGAGAACACUGAGAUUCCAAAUUUGAUUGGUUUGAAGGACAUGUGGAAGGGUUGACAGAGGCUGAAUGCCAACGUGAAAUCUACUAGAGUUCUAUGCACAAGAUGAAGAGAGAUACCAUUCAAAAUUAAGACGGGAUUGGCUUGGGUGUGGCUUAAGAAAUAUGGACCCUUUAAAACUCUACUUUGAAAUCAGGAAUAGGUUUUUAUCUAGAGAGAAGGAUGGGGCGUGAAACGGAGAUUGAGUUUUCAUUUGGUUCAUUCAAAUCUCUAAGGCCAUGAAACAGUUAGGCAAUAUUAAAAGCUUCCAUGAUUCUAUUUAUAUGUGUACAUUUGAAGGAAUGACCAGGUGUUUGCUGUUAAGUCCUUAGUGUACCAUUGCAGCAUUGUUAAUUUAAUAUGACAACACUCUAGAUAAAAUUUCAUUGUUCAACUAUUUCUGUUCUCUUUGGAAAUGAACUGUGUCCCCACCUCCCUCUUCUUUGAGAUUUGACAUUUCUGUAGCAAUUGACAUGUGUCAGGCAAUGGUGGAUUGGAAUCCACGCAAAUGGUAGGUGGGCCUCCUCAUCACUUGUAAUCACUCCACAGGAGGCCCAGGUUCAUUUAGUCAGUGGAUUUCAGAGAGCAGAACUGAAUUGAUCUCAACUAAUUUCAAAAUGCUGCUUUUAUUUUUGCAUAUGUUGAGUACUUUUCACAAUUUAAAGUAUGGUCUAUAGUGUAAGUAAAAAUCACAGAUCUUGAAAUUUGAAAGGCAAAUAUGUGAAGGAGCCAAAACUUAAAAAAAAAAUUGGUUAAGUGAAGGAUGGAAGCUAAUUUGCAUUAAAUUCACAGAAUUUUUAUACUCUUUCUGUAAAUACUUUUUUUUAAUGAAAAAAAAAAACCCAACAAAAUAAUGGAUCAGAAUAGCCACAUUUGGAAUACUUAAUAUUUUUAGGUAGUUUGAAGUUGGUCCUAAGCCUAAAAAAUGGGCUUAAUUUACCCAGUCGAGUUUUUUUUUUUCCUCCCAACUUUCUUGAUACACAGAAAUCUUUUAAAAUAGUCAUUCCCGGAAACAGCUCUUUUGUUCGCAUGGUCACACACUGAUGCUUACAUGUUCCAGAAUCUAAUACGGCCACAGUAGUAUUGAUAACCAGAGUUAGUUUUUCCACCCUUAGGAACCUCCAUGAGAAUGAUCUGAAGUACUGUGUGUGUGAAUGAAUGCUCCCUCUUGCCUCACACCUGACUGCUGCACAUCUAUUUGGACUGUAUAUUGUGUUUGUGUAUUUAUGCUUUGAUUCAUAGUAACUUCUCAUGUUAUGGAAUUGAUUUGCAUUGAACACAAACUGUAAAUAAAAGAAAUAAAUGGCCGAAAGAGCAA